GGUUCAUUGAUUGGUUUAACUGACCUUCGUCAACUCAUCCUAAGAAAUCUCCAAAAUGUCACUCCAAAAUGUCAGGUAUUGUAAAGAAUCUAUGGGGAUCACAACAAAGAACAAACAACACUUGAAAUUUUUAUCUCUGUCAUGGAACAAAUACUUUGAUCCAGAGAAUCUUGGUCAUCAAACCAUUAACAGCCUGGAACCAAACAAAGAAAUUCAGCAGUUGCAUAUACAUGGAUAUAGUGGAGUCCGACUCCCUAUUUGGAUUGAGAAUUCAUCAGUCAUCCAUUUGGUCUCACUUGAGCUUGAAUGUUGCAUGAAAUGGAAGACCAUGCCCUCAUUUCAGAAGCUAAAUUCACUGAAGUAUCUUAAGUUGGAACACCUUUUACAAUUAGAAUUCAUAGGUCCAGUGACAGAGGAGCAAUUUGAGAGCAAUGAACUAGAGAAUGUUCUACCUCCAUCUCUCAAUACUCUCAUCAUUCGGUGGUGCCCUAGCCUAAAAAAUCUCCCCGCUAUACCUUUUACCCUUCAGCAAUUAAUAGUAAAGCAUGUUGGGUUUUUUGUUCUGCCUAUGAUACAUCAGAGUUAUACUGGUACACAUGGAUCAUCAUCGUCAUCAUCAUCAAUAAAGUCAAGUCUUGCUCUUUUGCACAUUGAAAGUUGUGAAAAUUUGACUUCUCUGGGCGUAGGUCUCCUAGAGCAGCAGCAAUAUCUUCUUCAGUCCCUCGAGACGUUACUUGUCAGACAUUGUGGAAACCUAAGCCAUCUGCCAGCAAAGGGUUUAACAGAAUUGCAUCACCUGAUUUUCCUAGAAAUAGUUGCAUGCCCAAUGCUCAGGAACAUUAACACCAAAGGCAGCCUGUGGCCUAUGUCACUCAAGAAGUUUGACAUUAAUCCAUGUGGUCAUAUUGACGACUCGCUUCUUAUGUCACUGCAAAACCUCACCUCCCUCCGAAGGUUUACAUUGUUCAGUUGCAGUAACAUAAGGGAACUUCCAUCAGAGGAAGUGUUUAGAACUCUGAAAAAUAUCAAUGAUGUUUCCAUAGUCAGAUGCAAAAACUUGUUAUCCUUGGGUGGUCUUGGAGCUGCUCUGUCCCUGAGAGCUCUAUCAAUCCUAUGUUGUGACAAGAUACAUCAUUCAUAUUCUCCAAAAGCUGGUUGCUCCUUUAAGCUACAUAAGCUUAAAGUUGAUCGCGAAGCCAUGUUGUUGGUGGAGCCAAUAAAGAGCCUCAGGUUCACCAUGGAGCUACACAUCGGUGGUGAUUAUGCAAUGGAGUCCUUGCCUGAGGAGUGGUUGCUCCAGAAUGCUUCUUCCCUCCGUUUGAUCAAGAUAGGAGUUGCUAAGAAUCUUCAGACCCUACCUGCUCAGAUGGAAAGGUUGGAAUCGCUACAGAACUUGCAUAUUGAAAGAGCCCCUGCAAUAAAGUCCCUCCCUCAGUUGCCACUUUCACUUAAUAAUCUGAUAAUUGGGGGCUGUGACCCAAGGUUUCUGAAGCUAUAUGAAAUGGAUGUUGGUUCAGAAUUGGAUAAAAUUAAAAACAUUGCUCAUUUUGAUAUAAAGGCCUACUCUGAAGUUUCAAGCGACGAUGAUGAUAAGGUUCAAUAUUUCGAUGACAGCACCAGCAAUCAUUCCCGCCGAUUUGUUGUGAUAGACUAGCAUGGGAACAGUGGAAACCAUUGUGUUAAGGGUAUUACCAUGCAUACCUGAAUAUUUUCCUUACAAGCAUUGCAAUGUUGUCAGUAGCAUCAUAUGAAUAUGACUCAA